AUGGAGAUUCUUUAUGGUGCAAUGUCAGAUGGAGAAAGGAGAUUGACGGUCCGUGAAUUUCUUCACUGUUACCGUCCUGAUGAGAUUGAUAGAUCAAGGGGGUUGUACCGUUUUGCUAGUCGGGGUCCCCUGUUGAAGAUUAUCUUUGAAACCCCAGACUCAAAUAAAGACUGGAAGAGUCGCUACUUCUUCAUGGAGGGUGACAGAUGGAUGAACCGUCCAGGAGAGACGGAGUAUAUGCCCGUCGAUACAACUUGGGGAAUAAUAAAUCAAUCGCGUAGACGGCGCCCGCAGGUUAGCCUCGAGGAAUUUAGUUUCCUUGAAAAGAUUUGCAGGAAAACUAAGCCGGAGGAAAGGACCUGGGCUAAGUUAGUGAAUCCAAAGACAAUACACUGGUAUUGUGACGGUCCAGAACCUACCCGUGAGGCCAUUGCAUACGACGAUAGAAUACACAAACAAAUGGAUGACGCCAAGAGAAGGGCAAUGAUAAAAUCUCUCGCCGUCGAGCAAAAGAAGACGGGUGAGAUCGUGGUGCCCAAUGUGGCGGGGUCAUCGGCUAAAAGGAAGCAGCUCCCAAAAUCUGACCGUCCACACAAGCAGCCAAAGGUGUCAAUGGAACCUGUGGUGGGCUUAAUGGCUGAGGGUGCUAAGACCGUCACCCAAGUUAAACAUGGGGUCGGUAAGGGCCUAAUGAAUGCCCCACCCGUCAACGAGGAGAAACCCCCUCCCCUUCUCCGUGACGACUCGAAGUUCGCUUUGGAGAAGCUUUCGUCCAUAAUUUCUGCAGAGGACUAUGAGGAUCUGGGGAAUCACUCGACGGAGGCAAUGGGGGAGACGGGGUUAUUCGCCGUCGGACAGUCCUUGGUUAUGAUGAAGGGCUUGAUGGACCGUUGCCUCAACCGUGAAGCGGCUUUGGAACGGGUACGGUUAAAAGCUGGGCAGACGGAGGAGGAGCUUAGCCAGCUGCACAAGUGGAAGUCCACAAUGGAGCAGAAAUUUGAACUCUCAGAGAUGACGAGAAAAGAGCUUGAACAGAAGACGGAGGAAGCUGGGAAGGCCUUGAAGGGAAAAGAUGAUGAAUUAAAGGAUUUGAAGAAGAAACUCCGUCAGGCCAGGGAGGUCGCCGUCAAAGAGUAUCGCGACUCGGAGGCUUUGCUGAAGGAGCUGGGGGGAUCGUUCCUUCAAGGCUUUGACGAUGCACUCCGUCAGAUAAAAAAGGCCUACCCAGAUCUGGACGUGUCCAUGAUAACACUUACUGAUCAAGACCAGACGUUUGCUGUACCCGUCGCUUCCGAAAAUACUGAAGAUCUUUUCGGUGAAAAUGCUGUCCAGGGAGACGGGGAGUCCGCUGUGCCGAAUGAGGUGCCUGUUGCCGACCCCAAGAAAGCAGACUAA